AUUUUCCGGAGGGCUAAAACAGGGCUAAUGUGCGGGCCGGGCCGGGUGAGUUGCCAGCUCUGUGAGUGUCGUGAACAGUCGCCUUGUUAGCCCUGGUCUCCCCUGCAUCAGUGGCUUGGAUGGAGGUUGUUAUUCGGCGGUGCUUAUUUGAGCAGUCGCACUGGAAGAGGACUGGAAGGGGAGAUGAACUAAAGGAUUAAUAUCUGAAGAAAACAGGAUGUAGCAAAACCGCAGAGCAGAAUGUCAAGUGGAACAAAAGAGACUUCUUGUUGUUCCGCGUCUCUUCGCUCGACUCUCAGUGAACACAAUUAACUAGCAGCUAACCCGGCUAACGCUAGCCGAGUUAACUCCAGCUAACAUUGCAGGUAUGUCUACAUUGACGGUUUACUUUGAACAGAAAAUUUGAAUGGAUUUGAGCUCCAUUGCGUGUACUGUUUAUAUCACACUUUGGAGGCUACCCCGUCGGAGUGAAUGUUUACUUUCAGUUUACUGGUAAACAGCUAACUAGCUCCGCUAAGCUGAUUUCCGCCGGGUGUUGGAGCUACUAGUUAAUGUUAGUGAGCUUCUUGCAGCACUAAUGUUUGGCAGGUAAGGGAUCUGUUUUCCUGGCUGAUUUUGAACUUACAAAUACUGAAUGAAAAUUAAGUAUAAACAGUUACAAAAUGGUGCAUUUAUGAUCAUUGGUGUGAGUAAUGAAACAUGGAGAUUUAUGAUCGAGUUGUAUGUUUAAAUAGAGGUAGCCUGAUAAGUCUGUUACACAAGCUUGAUGAGCCACACCGCUUCUGUUUUUGUCUCCCACCACAUACACAGACACAGUCUCUGAAGUAGGUCCUCUUCUGUGUUUCCAGUUUGAAGCAUCUUUGCUGGUUUGUUCGCGGAGUGGAUCUCAUUGACAUUGACUCGCUAUGGCAGCGGUGGUGAGCUACUCUCCACCAUGGUGGGUGAAUCUCCUGCACAGACUUCCACAUUUCAACCUGAAGUUCGAGCAAACAAGCAGUGAUUUCCAGCCAGAGGACUGGACAUAUCAGCAGGUAAAAACCCACCUCCUUUCUAUUAAAAUCACCCCCUCAGACAGCCUACAUAAUCUCUAAAGAGUGUUUACAACAAAAAUGGUAUAUAACCUGAGUUAGGCAUCUGCCAUUCAGCAAGUUUGUUCUGUGUUUAGUACUCAUUGUGUCUUCAAUAAUGAUUGAUUUGAGAUGUUUCAGUGACAGAUGACUUGUGUGCACCUGUUCACUCUCUUCACCUUUCGAUCUAUGUCACCAUCUGUGUGCAGCCAUUACACCAAUGUCUUGACCUUUUCCAGACACUAGCCAGAUGGCACGGCGUUGUGCGAUCUAAGCCGUCCAAGUUGGCCCAACCACAUUUGCUUAUAUGGUUACUAUCAAAGCGUAUCUUUACUAUUUGUUAGUAGUUUUAACACACUUCUUGAUUGAUUAAAGUCACUUAGUGUUUCUGGACAUUAAAUGGGAAGGUCACCAACAAGUUUGUAGGUCAUGGCUCAGUGAUUGUGAUUGUUUUUUUUCAUUUGUUGAUCACCCAUAAAGGCUGUGAUCAAUGAAAUUAAAGAUUGCUUUAGAGGUAAUCUGUGAAAACAACUGAUUCAAAUCUAAGUUUUUUUUAUAUUGUUGUGUGAAUAAAGCGUAAUCAAAUGUACAAACAGCAGACAUGACCUUCAGACAUUAAUGGUUGUCUUUGGUUUAUUUCUAAGUGAGUUAUGUGACGGCUCCUCUAUUUUGAAUACAUGGUUUUAAUAAAAAAAAUACUGUGUCUUUAUUAAACUCUGAGAAUCUUGUUAUUGAUUGAGUUUCAGAGACAAUUGAAGACAUAAAAUGUCACAAGAGAUUGAGGGUAAACUGUGUGCGUAUGUGAAAAAAGGGCAGACAUCAGUCACAAGACAACAAUGUAUCCUCUUUAACUGUAGAGGGAUGAAAGAGCAAGAAAGAGCAGAAGUGAAUCAUCGCUCCUGUGAAAGAGGAAGAGAUGUUCAGACAUGCAGCGUCUUCUGUGGCGAGUGUAACAAAAAGAGAAAAAUGAAGGAGUUAAACCAAACUCCAACUUUUACCGUAAGAGGAACUCCAGGAAUGUCCCUUUUUUAAAAGCAAAUAAGCUUUUACUGGUAUGAGGCAGUAGCUGACAUUAAUAAAUAACUAGCCUCAUCUAGAAAACGUCUUCUUCAUUGUUUCCAUCUCCUCUUCCAGUGGCUGUCACCCAUCUAAAAACUGUUUUUUAAGCUGACAGAUAAUAAUGAGAAAAGGAAGAGAGCAUUAACACCAGAUGCCAGUAAAAGAGGUGUGAGAGAAAACUACAGAGACUUCUCCAGCUGUGAGGAAGUCUUAUCUUUAAAGGUUUGCAGAGCAACAUGAGUGUUAAAGAGACAGGUAUUCAGCAGUUUGAGUACAUUUACUCAGUCAAAGAGAACCAAAAGAGGUCACUGGCUUGCUGAAGUAUAACUGAUGGCCCACUGUGAUGACAGGCUGCUAAUUUCCAGUGCUCUCACUCUGCCUUCAGGGGAAGUCUUCACUCGUGCAGAUGGCCGAGCUUUGAGUGGUGCUUUGUGAUGCUAGUACUGCGCCAUAUCAUUGAAUGUCUUUGAGCUGUUUAACUGAGCAGAUCAGCAUACAGGACCGGUGUCAUUCAGCGGUAUUAGUGUUUGGUUAUCCUGUCUGUCCUUUGUUCUUACCACUUAAAAGGAUUUGGGCACAGGAAUAGUCAGAUGAAACUGUGUUGUCUGGGCUUUGAGCCUUUGAUUGUCAAGAAAUUGAGUUCAUGGGCAGCCGUGAUGGUCAACAACCGCAGCAUCAGGGUGUGUACACUAUUGGGAUGUAGUGUGGAGAACAGCUAACAAAUGGAUGAGCUCUGCGUGGGUUUCUAAUGAAACAAAAGUGGCAGGAUGAAAUUUUCAGAGUAGAGUGAAGUUUACAGGAAACACUGGGGCUCUCUGUCUGACCUACAUAAGACAUGCUACUGUAGGAUGAGAGAUGUCUCUUAGAUAGUGUGCUAAAACUUAAGUACCAACCUCUAAACAAAGCCUGCACACUGUAUUUGUUUUUACAUGGGGGUAGAUUAAACCAUAUAACUAUUAAGUUUUUUAUUUCCCUUUUAAACUUUGGUCCUUUAUCAACCUCUUAUCACAGAGCACAGUCUACCCACUGAGGCGUAAAACUUGCUUUCACUUUCACUCAGGAUGAGGAUCUAUUUGUGGUAAACAGUUUAACUUAUGUUCAAGCCUCCAACAGACAUUAAUCAACAUAAUAAAAUUAUAACCUGUAGUACAAAAGUCAAUUGACUUGAGGUCUAGUGCUUAGCAUCAACCUUAUUAUGCUAUACUUGCACUUUGCUUACAUUGUGAUGCAUUUUAAAAGGGCUCUUUAAGGUCCAUUAUCUCCACUGUUAUUGAUGUCUAAGUGGUAUCAGCACUAAAGUUUCCAUGAUUCUGUCCCUCUGUCCAUCAGUCCAUCCUGUUACUGGGAGGUUUGGCUCUGGCCUGUCUGGCCCUGGACCUCCUGUUCCUGCUCUUCUAUUCCAUCUGUCUGUGCUGUCGGCGGAACAAAAACGAGGAGCAGCCCAACGCUGACUGCUGCUGCACGGCCUGGUGUGUCAUCAUUGCGACACUUGUCUGCAGGUGAGUGUUUCACAGGGUCAGUGUGGUGAUUAUUAAGUCCCUGUCUUUGUAUCCCUCAACAUAAUAACCUGUCUGUUUCAUUUUUGUAUUUUUUGUUCUGAAAAGUUGGUCUAAAUUACAUCAGAUGAAUCAAACAUUUGAUGAUUAACGUGUUAAACCUCUUAAAGUUAAGCACACUUCAAGGAAGCAACUGUUUAGCAAAAACACCAACCAAAAUACUAUGGGUAGGAGAAAGAAUCGAUACAGCAUAGUAUUGCAAUAUUUUGUCUGGUGAUAUAUCGUAUCGUCUCAUAUUUUAGUAUCGAUUUUUCAAAUGUAUUGCUAACAUGAAGUCAAAUCUAUGAUUAAGUAAAAAUAAAAUCAACUGUUUCCCUAGCGAGGUUGGCAUAAGUGACAUCAUAGAGCAGGAGAAAGUUAGUAUGACAAAUAUAUAUAUAUGUAUAUAUAUAUAUAUGUAUAUAUAUAUAUAUAUAUAUAUAUAUAUAUAUAUAUGGUUUGCAAGAUGUGCUACAGGAAAAUGAAAUACAGCAUAAAUAAUACAAACAUAAAAGAAAGACAAGUGCUAAAUUAGCUAAACAGUUGAAAAAAUUGUAUAAAUCGCAAUAUAUUGUAUCGCAAUACACGCUAUAUUGCAAAAUGUUAAAAAUUGUGAUUACAUCGUAUUGUGGCCCAAGUAUCGUGAUAAUACCAUACUGUGCCCCAAGUGAUGAUAAUAUCAUAUUAUGGCCCAAGUAUUGUGAUAAUAUUGUAUCCUGGCCCAAGUAUCGUAAUAAUAUCGUAUCGUGGCCCAAGUAUCGUGAUAAUAUCGUAUCGUGGCCCAAGUAUUGUGAUAAUAUCAUAUCGUGGCCCAAGUAUUGUGAUAAUAUCAUAUCGUGGCCCAAGUAUUGUGAUAAUAUCAUAUCGUGGCCCAAGUAUUGUGAUAAUAUCGUGGCCCAAGUAUUGUGGGAAUAUCGUAUUGGGGCCAAGUAUCGUGAUAAUAUCGUGGCCCAAGUAUCAUGAUAAUAUCAUAUUGUAUCAUGAUAAUAUUGUAUCGUGGGGCCACCAGUAAUUCCAACCCCUACAAAAUACCUGCACUGACAGCAGCAUAAUUUAUAGUUUCUGCUAUUUGUAUUUACUUGGAUCACGGUGAUGUAUUUGUGAAACUGCAUGGAGGAAUCACAGAUAUCCUGAGAAGCCCUCCACACACUAGCCCCACUUUAUGCGUUUUGUUCCUUUGAUGUUAACAGUGACAUCCAUACCAUCUGGACCUGCUUUGUUUCCUUGAACGCUGAGUUUGUUUCCUGUUUUCUUCCGUCUGUUGAUGGGCCACCAGAGAGCCAUCACAGUUGAUUCAGAGUAGCACAAAAAGCCGGGAGACCUGAUGAGUACAAGAACUGCAUUACAAUCACUGCAUUUGUGUGUGUGUGUUUGUACCCAUGCACAACUGCGUAGAGAUCAAACAUGUCUGCGCUUUGUUUUGCUCUGCUUUUGUUCUUUGGGAAAUGAUGCCAAGCACAGACUCUAUCAAAACACUGCACUGCUGUUGACAAUACUGGGAUUAUCCCAAUUUUUUUUUCUGUGUUUCCGCCGUUCUUUGUAAAUGUUGUUUUACACUGAAGAGAGAACAGUGCAGAUUUUCCACAGGUUCACAUCACAGCAGGGAGGUCGGUUUUGUUUCUGCACUGACUCUGGCCCUUUUCACCUUUUUCACACCUCAGGGCUUGAGCGGAAGAGAUUAGCAGCCCUCUGAGAAGACGGGAAAACCCAUUUAUUCACUGAGUGCUGUUGGCCGAACGCUGUUCGACUUGGUCUGACUUAGCUCGGAGUGAUUCACUUAUCAUGAUCCUAUUUGAUGAAAUCUGCUCUGGCAUGGGAUCAGGGUUAUCAAAAAGGCCAACAGCUGCAGCACAGGAAGAGAUAGCAACUCUUGCUUCAAAUUGCUCUUCAGGGCUCAGAGAGAAAGUUAAUUUGCGUCACUGAAAAAAAAUAACAAACAAAACAACAUUACUAUCCAUAACUUGUAUGUUUUACAAGAAGGGAUUCUGAAAAUAUUUUUUGCGUUGAUGAACAGUCUGGAAGUGUUUCUUAAGUAGUUGCUAGGACUGUUUUUCUGCAACCUGAGGCCUGUCUGUGCAAAUGAGAGCCCAUCUCCUGCCUCAGUACAGCCUUUGUGAGCCGUGCUGUGGGGUUUGAAGCAUAGCUGGUCCAUUCCUCUGUGUUUCCAUGGUUCUGUAUGGAGUCUUUCUGCUGGAGCUGAAAGGAGCCCGUUGACUGGGCUCUGAACCGACAGGGUUAAAGGAGAGUUCACACGCCUCUCUCCCCGCCUGGCUCUCCCCCUCGCUCGCUCGCUCUCUUCUCUGUCUCCUCUCUGUGUCUCUUUUAGCUAAUCCCUCCUCCUCGACACCCUGUCUCCCCUCCCUUCCUUUUGUCUCCCCUCAGCGCUGGCAUUGCUGUCGGUUUCUAUGGGAACGGUGAGACUUGUGAUGGAGUGAACCGGGUGACGUAUUCUCUGCGCCAUGCAAACCGCACAAUCACUGGGGUGCAGAAGCUGGUAAGACUGAGAGCACAAAUGAUGCCAACUCGUUUAAUAAUUCAUCUCCCUUCUGCCAUGAGCAUCCGUGGUUUCCUCCUACAGCCACAGCCUCGCCCUCAUAAUACCCCCACUUAUGUAUGUGUGUGCUCUUUCCAGGUAUAUGACAGUACAUCCUCAUUGAACCAGACUGUAGAUGACGAUCUGCAACAGCUUGAGGGCCAGUACGCACAGCACGCCGACUACCUGUCCAUCAUCCAAAAGCUGCAGGGCCAGCUGGAUGAGCUGGUCAGGCAGAUGGUGGAGAUUCCCUUCUGGGACAAUACAAACAUCUCCCUGGAGGAGCUGGCUGUCAAAAUAGAGCUGUAUGACUGGUACAGGUAAGACCCAAACCUGCACAUGAAGCUGGAGGUGCAGAGGUCAAAGUAUCAAUAAUUUUAUCACAACAACGCACUAAAAGCUCGUCUUGUGAAUGUGUGGUAGCAGAUGCAGCAGUGGAGAGAAACACUCGGGCGUCACAGGCAACAAUGAGCGCAAUUCCUUUGCUGCUGUCUUCAUUGAAUUUUAAUGCAGACACUCCUUCAGAUGUUCCCUUCUGUGUCAGGAUUUUGGCGUCACUAACUCAUCUCCGAGCUUCUAUACAGUCUUACAGUUUAAAGUUACACGGGCUCCUCCCUGGUGAGGCUGUGAAAUACAGUUUGAAAUGUUUGAGAAGUGAAAUCACUGUAAAUCAGAUGCAAGCAGGAAAAAAAAGAGCAAUGAGGAAGUUUUACUUGUUCAGCAUACAAAGAGUUGCAAACAGGAAUUUAUUCGUCAAGUCAGCUGAAAAAUAUCGGAAAUUUCGGUCAUCCUCUUUUGCUAAACUGAGUUUUCUUCAGGGGAAUGCUUGAAACCACAAAUAGACAAGUGACGUGUUCAUUUAGUGCCACAAAUAAACACAAACUGUUAUCAGUAGGUGAAAACACAGGAAGGAUUUAACUCACUAGGCUUGUGAACCAAAAUUCUCAGUGGCUGAAGUUGAUUCUUUUCUUAUAUCAUGUCAUUUUAUUGAAAUGUAAAAGGAGUUUUCACUGAUGAGAAAUGAAAUCAUCACAAGCUUUGCUCAGCUGUGCCGUUUCAUUGAAGGGGUGUCAUGGUUUCAGGAUUUGGAUACGAAAUUUACAAUCUGUCAAAUUGAGCUCAUAGUUUCAAAAAGCCCAAGGAAAACCAGGGCAGACAUUCUGCAGCUGCUCUUUUUAAGGACAUCAGGACCACCAUCUGAGUGCAAAAUGAUAGAAAAACUCUUUUUUUUUUCAUGUCUUCCCCUUGUGUUAGAAGAUAGUGUACGAGUGUACCACACAGAUGCAAGUUACAACAAAAGGAGAAUUUGUUCUGCAUCAUUUGAUAUCAUGAUUUCAAUCGACUUGUCCUCUUUAUUUUUUGAGAUUAGGAACAUAGCCUUCAUGGACUGUGCAUUUGCGCUCUUCCCCCUGCUCAGUGGUGCGCCGUGCUGCUUCAGGCCACGGGUUUGUUAAUGACAUUUGUCUUCACAGGUGGCUGGGCUACAUAGGCCUGCUUCUGUUCGAUGUCCUCAUCUGCCUCCUGGUGCUGUUUGGCCUCAUUCGCAACUCCAAGGGAACACUCAUCGGGUGAGUCUCAGCGCGUCAACCUCGGCCACAAAGGGAAACAUGAGUGUGAACUGGGAGUUCAUUUCAGCUGUUUCAGCAGCUGCACAUGAAGCCUUUAACUAAUUAGAAUAACCUCAACAUAUUUAUUCACAGCGAGCUACAUUUAUUUAAAAAUAAGCCCAACACGUACAGUUACUAAUGCGCUUCAUACACAUAAAUCUAAAGGUUUGCUUAGCCUCUUUAAGCAGGAGUCUGUUAAUAAUCAAAAGAGCAGCUGUUUGCAUUUCCUAAGCACUAAAAAUAAUGAGGUAAAUAUAAUGAAAGUCACAGUUAGUCUUUUUUCUCUUAGUUUUUACCUUGAUUUCAGAUUUUAAAAGACUAUUGCAGGUAUCACAUCACAUCUAUUUGAGUGUAAAUAUGAGUCCAUUUGUAGACCAUCCUGAGUAUGUACAUUAUUCAUACACUGUUUUGAGGUGAGAUUUGAUUUGUUUUGAUGCAUUUGGCAUAAGUUAAGAAAAACAGUGCAAGGAGGAAACGAAGACUGGAGGGCUUCCAUGAAGUUCCCCUCCCAUCAUUUAAGAAUUACAUGAAACUCAAGAUAAACAAUAAGAAGUACAACACAGAAAAAUUCAAGAUCAACAAUAAAAUGUAAAGUGCAACGUAGAAAAACUAUAAAACAUGAACAACAAAAGAAAGGAAGAUGGAUGCAUAAUUAACUUAAGGAAAAUAACACUGAAGGUUAUGAUGUGGUGUUUUUUCAGUAACUUUCUAAAGGAUGUGAAAGAUGAUGUUGACCUCAGACACACAUUUAGAGUUUUGGACCUCGAAAUGUGAUACUAAAUUGAUACCCAGAUGUUUGACAGAAGGGUAAAUGAAGAUUGCCACAAUGGCUAAUUGAAUAUGAAUGAGGGUCAGAUGAAAAAGUAAAAAGAUUUGAGUUUCAUUCACAAAAUGAAGCAGAAAACAGUUUCACGUUGUAACGGACAAACUUAUCCCCUUCUCCUCCUCCUCUUUGUGAAUGGUAGCAGUAAAUACGAAUGCUGUUGCUCCUAAACUGCAGUGUGUAAAGGUUCUUCUCACCUCUCCCUGCUCUCCCCAGCGUUUGCUUGUUCGGUGUCGUGGCUUUGGUGAUCAGCUGGGUCUCCCUGGGGCUGGAGUUGGCCGUCUCUGCAGUAAGUGUCUCCCAUCAGAGCAUGAUCCUGUUUUCCAGGUAGAGCGGCACCGUUCAUUAUGUAUAAUUGGAUAACACGGUUUUCUGCUCCCACAGCCAAGAAUGCAGGUUUUGGCUCCUGAGUUUUUUUCCCAACUAGUUCCUUUUUCUUUGCCAUAAAUCGGCCUGUUGAUGAAAUAUUAAAGGGUGACAAGAAAUAUAAAAAACACAUUGUCCAUACCGGACCUCACCUGUCUCAGAGCUACAGUGGCUUCGCUGAGAUUUGCAGUGCUAUGACUCAUAAUCACGACAAACUAAUUAAGAAAAGCAUGGCAGCCUUAAUAUAGAGGGCCUUGGUUCACAGCAGUUAAUCUGUCUGUUUUAGGAGGACAAUAACGACUUUAUUGAUUGGCUCGUGUUAUUGCUUUUGGCUGAGAUGAAGUCAGCCUGUCUCGUUGUAGCGGGGGUUUAAAAACUCUUGAUUAAUCGCUCGCAUCUGUUGUGUUUGUGCAGGUGUGUUCGACUCCCAUUAAGACUGUGAUUUGUGUUCCUCCUUCUUUUCUUCUUGUUAUUCUAGACCUCCAGUGACUUCUGUGUGGCCCCUGAUAUGUAUGUCACCAAAGUGGUCAACCAGUACGCAGUCAUCGAUCAAGGUAUGUCAUAUACGCCCAGCAUCAUUCGAUUAUUCAGGGGGGACGAGUUGUUUUAUAUUCACUCACACAGCUCUUGAAAUCGGUGGAUAUUCGUCAUCUCAAAUCACAGUGGGCAUGUUAGCCUGAAAUGGGUGUCCCCUCUGCGCUCUGAUUAUUGCGCAGCAGUGAGAGAGCAUUGUUCUGUGGAGCAGACUUGUUCUCUCGCCCGUGGUCUAUAAAGCACAUGAAAAUUACAGCCACAUCUGCAGCAGGGUCAAGAGGCCAAUGGGCUGCCUUUUUAAGCAGUACAGAAGCCUCUCUAGCAUGUCUCAUUUUCGUAAUUGCCCAAUCUGUCCCAUGAUGGGAGGGAGUGUUUCUUUUUCUUUGUGUUUGAGAGAGAGAGAGUGCAGCAUUGUGAGGCAGAGUGUGUGAGGAAGAUAAGAGCGGUGGAGAGGAGGAUCAAGGACUCCGUGUGUUUCCUUCAUCCCUCUUCAGUUCUUGGGAAAAAGAGGAGAUAGUGCUUUAAAAAUAAAAGCACAGAGAACUCCCCGCCUACUUGAUGUGCUUUUUUUUUUCUCCCCAACAUCCUCUUUUAAGCUGUAUUUUCUUUCCUGCUCUGCUGUCUUUCAUAUGGUCAUGGCUGAACAUAAAAAAAAACGAGCUUUUGGUUAGUCAGACAGAGCAUCAGCUGUAAAUGUUGUGAUUUCCUCUGAAGCAUGAGAACCAGCAUACUUAAAGCUCUACACUGCAGCUGUAGAGUCUGCGUUUGCCUCAAGGCUUAUUCACUCAGGGGGAGGGGGUUCAGUUCUAUUUUCUCCUCUUGAACACAUGUUCACUAUCAGCUGUUUAAAGAAGAAGGCUUUAGUCUGUCUGUUGAAUAUAACAAGCUUUUGGGGUUGUAACAGCAGAUUAAUAUAAAAACCCUCUCCUUCACAUUAAGGGGAAGUAAUCUCCAAAUAUGGGCACGGGAAGGGAGUGUCUUUCUUAGUUGUUGUGUUCUUAGAAAGGCUGUCAGGAGUUUUGAGCAAAUUUUUGAAAUGUUCUCACUCUUACACCGACACCUUUUCAUGACCUACAGAGUGAAAUGGGAUUCAUACUGACAUUUUGUCCAUGUAUUCAAGUCAGUCAAUAUAAGACUGUCAUCCAGUGGUGCCUAUGUGGUUAUUGUUAUUUAUUCUCAUUCUUCUGCUUUCUCUCUAUCACACCGAACUGACAGAUAUAUGAUCGUAGCAGGUUUUUAAAGGGAUAUUCCGGCGUAAAAUUAAGUUUUGGUCAAACACACGAUAACACUGAAUUAGACACUCCCUCAAGAGAUGAAUGUUGCCGACCACUUGCUUCUCGUGUUAUACCAACUUUAAUAACGACAGCGCAAACCUCAACCAAAAAGCCACUCUAUAGCCACAAAUAAUGCUGAGAACAGCACCUAACUUCAUCAACAGUACAUACAGGGUCCCAGCCAUAGUACUAGCCACCGAACAUCUUUUUAGCUUUGCCUAAUUUCUUUAGCAAAGAGACCAAACACAACUCACCCACUCUCCUCCAGCAGCGGCUUUUUUGUGGGGGAGCCCUGACGAGCCGAUCACCGAGUGCAGCGGAGUUUCGCAGCCCAAGGAAGUACAUUUAUGAUUAUUACUUCAACGAAAUGCAAUCAGACCAAGAUGCUAAGGCAGAAGAAUGGAGAUGAUCUGCUGCACUUGGUGAUCGAGUCGUCCGGGGCUUCCGGUCCUGCGAUCGUUACUAAAGUUGGUGUAACUAGAGAAGCAAGCAGCCGGCAACAUUCAUCUCUCAAGGGGGUAUCUAACUCGGUGUUACAGUGUGUUUGACCCUUACUGAAUUUUCUCGGAAUAUCCCUUUUAAUGUUAUUCAGAUGGUUACCUGGUAAAAAUAAGAGCAGGAGUGAUGGAGAUGAGUUACCUCUAUGAGAAAACAGUCAGUUGUUCUGAACCUGAAUGUUUCUGUCAGUUAUUCAGACAAGUUUGUUUCCAGAUGGUUAAACACAUGCUUGUUCAGUUUGGUGCUCCAGUAGGUUCUCAUGCCUAGAAUACAUAAAACAGCUCAAUAAAAGUAUCAUGCCAAAACAGGAAGCUUGACUGGAGCCCAAGGAAUUGAAGCCAGACUUGUUUUGACCCUUUUUCCAAAUACUUUGGCCUGGUGGGAUUUACUGCGGCCAUAACGCCGCCAUGCACAUAACGUAUUCUUCUAUAUUCUUUUUUUGCUUUGGUGCUAGCUAAAGCAGUGAUAAGGGUCACGAUCUGUAUUUAAAGACGGAUCUAAUCCUGUGUGUUGACCCCAUGUACAGACAAGUUGAACCUAGCCCUGUGAGUAAGGCAUCAGUAGUCAGACCUAAUGCUGAAAUUCAGAUUCUGAGAAAGUUGUGUGUGGGAGUUUGUGUGGAAGAAGCGUACUUAUUAUGGACAUCUCCACACCGGAAAUUCUCCCCUGAUGAGUGAGCUCAGCUGAGUGGAAGAGGAGCUCCUGACGCAGCAGAGUUAAGUGAGUCACCUUACUUCCACCAUGUGUCGCAUCAGCGACAGUGCUCUCACAGUUUAUAUGAGUAGACACUGCCGUAGCUUUAAACUCACUCAGGGAUUCUCAUCCACUCCUACUUACUGCUGUGAGCUGGAGGAAGUAACAGGAGUGGGUUGUAAUUAUGUGAAAGUACAAGGCUUUAACUGCUGCUGCAUUAGCGCACUUUGUAUUAUGAGCAGGAUACCUGUUUAGUCGUGUCAUAAUUCACCAACAACUCCAGAGUAAACACUGUUUGUCCUGUGUUACAGGGGGCUUUGUGCAUAAGAAGGAUAAUACCUAAAUCCCCUGUUGGCUGUGCGUGCUGUUGUUCCUGGAGUGUCGCAGCUUCAUGGGGUUUAAUAUUAUUACAGCAUGUUUGAACUUUGCCUGGUUGAAACAUUUCUCUUCCAGAAGAGCUGACGUCGCACAGUUUACCAGAACAUGCACUCAACUUAGUGACAAAAUAUCAAACCCUGAGGCCUGUACAGUCCACAGCAGAACACGUGUUGGUUUUAAUCAGACAUUUGAGGUUAUAGAAAGUGCAGCAACUCUCAUGUUUGUGUUUCUAAUGUGUUCCCACAUUGAUCCUCCUCUUCUCAUUUGGUAGAGGACGCUGCACAGAAUUUUCUGUCAUCGUUCUGACAUCAAAUGAGUUAAAGCUAAAGUUCUCUGUAAAUUUAAAUGUUAUGGUAAGAACGGAUUAAAAUCAUGUUUGAGUAAAAUGUGGGGAGGGGGCAUGAAGACCUGUACUGCAGCUCAUCACUGGGGAAAGUUUCUGCUUCAUUCAUGUCCAUUAUUUAAUGCACCGUGCUCUUAACAGGCCUCAACAGCCCACAUUCUUAAAUGAUGUAGGAUUAUAUUGUUUGUUUUCCUAUAACCUCUGCUUCUAUUGUCUUCUUGAAAGUCUCAUCACUGAUAUGACACAUCUCAACUUUUUCAACUUUAACUUAUUCUCCAAAAUCAAAUGUUUCAAAGUGCAACAGAUCUUGUAGUUUUGAGGCCAGUGCUGGUGUUUUAUUUUUUAAUCAAACCUUGUGGUGUGGAGUUCAGCACUUUCUCACUGCCUCAAACCCUGUUUGGCAUUUUGGCUGCAGUUUCGUUUUGGCUGGGAUCAGAAUAUCGACAGCUUGAAAAUAGGACUUAUGUUGCAGCUGUUGCGAAAUUUCUCGAACAACUAGGUUGUUGCAUGAUGGAUUUCUUGCUUUGGAAAAUAGCACAAACAGCUGUAUGUGAUUAAUGCUGUAGUUUUCUGCAAUUGGCAGUUGUGUCUUUCAUGUUAACCAAGCUUAAAACAGUUAGCCAGAUACAUUUUUAACCUCCUCUAAACACUGCAGUCCUUUUAAGCCAUUUGUGACCUAAAUUAUAUUAAACAUGUGCUUGUUCAGAUGAUCUCAAUGGUUCUUAUGUAUUAAUUUGACAUAUUUGUGACAUUUACCAAGUAUCGAUUUUUCAAAUUAAUUGUUAGUAUGAAGUCAAAUCUAUGAUAAUGUAAAAAUAAAAUCAACUAUUUGUCCAGUAAGGUUGGUAGAGAUGACAUCAUAGAGCCGAAGAAAGUUAGUUUAACAAAUAUAUAAAAGGUAUACAAGAUGUGCUACAUGAAAAUAAUAUGUAGUGUAAAUAAGAAAAACACAAAGAGCCAAAUGCUAAAGUAGCUAAACAGUUGAAAAAAACGAUAUAAAUCACAAUAUAUGGUAUCGCUAUACUCACUGUAUUUUAAAAUGUUAAAAAUCACAAUAAUAUCAUAUCGUGGCCCAAUUAUCGUGAUAAUAUCGUAUCGUGGUGAUCCCCACCCCUACUGUGUGGGUAGGUUGGAUUAGAAAUGAUUGUUUUAAGGGCCUCUUAACAUAUUCUGUUUCUUUGCUCUCCUUCUAAUUACAGAUAUACUGAAGUACUACCUGAGCUGCAGUCUGGAACAGACUAAUCCCUUCCAGCAGGUUAGUUUUGUACUUUUAUAAAUGUGUUUUCACACUGUUUAGAUUUGAAGUUCAUUUAUUUUCACCUCAGUAUUAUUUAGUGCAUGUACAGUAAGCUCCAACUUCUUGCACAGUUUUUAUUAUUUAUCACUGUAAUAAAAAACCCUGACCAUUAGCUGGACAUGGAUCACAAUAUUAUAGAUAUUUCCAGUGCAUGUACACGUGAUUUAUGAUCUUGUUAUUAGUGAGAAUUCAUGUGGGCACAGUGAGUCAGAGCUGGACUCUAUCUUUCCAUGCAUUAGCACAAUACUCUCCAUUCUUCCGGCGGAGCAGCUUUUCCUGUGUGAUAGCGAACGCCUGCAUGACAGAAUGUGUGUUAGUAGCUGGAGAAGUGAAGGCCACUUUGCUCUGAAUAUACGGUUUGCUUUAGUGAAGCGCCUACUUUUUAAAUUGCAAACCGCAUUAAUAAAUAAAAACUUAUGAGUGCUAUUGAAGCCAAGGCAUCUAUUGUUAGCUGGACUGCACAGCAAAGGAAGUUAUAUAUAGAGUCUAAGCUGUAAGCUGACUGCAUACUUCUACAAGACUUUCACUUUACUACUAGUGACUGGAGAUACCUUAAUAAUUCAAGAAAAGAAAUGCUUUUAUAUAGGUAUAUGUAUUUGUCCUUUAUUUCAGAAGCUUUCUGGGAGCCACAAAGCUUUAGUGGAGAUGCAGGAUGACGUAUCUGAGCUGCUGCGCUCUGCCACCAGAGAGUACCAACAAACUAAGGUAUGUUUUCAGCCCCAUCAAUACACUCGACUUUACAGAUGUAGCUGCGAGCAUAAACUCCCCCUCCUCCUCCUCCCUCUACAGACAACACGCUCUCUUGCUGUGUUGUACUGUUUGUGAUGACAGAAUAUCCCAUUCAGAGGGGACCAAACAACUGACCUGCAAAGAAGUGAAGUGCACCUGUCCACAUAAAGACUUGCUGACGGCCCACCUGGGACCUGCAUUAUGUCCAUUUAGCUGCAUUAGGCUUUCAACUGGCCCUGGUCAAUACAACACUGGGCUAUUGUCUGGCACCGGUCCUUACACUGCGUUGACAGAGGCACAAACGAGAGCUGACAUUGGGAAUAGAGAGAGGCGUAUUUCACUUCACGUACCCACACGGUGCAAAUGUGCUGAGCUUGUGGAAAUGUUUAUAUCAGCCAAUCAGCUGGCAUGAGAGGAGGAGGAGGAGAGAGAAGGGAGAUGCUCUAUAAAAAUUUAUCAGUCAUUAAAAUCUGCUUUUUCAGCCCAAGCUGCUGUAGACUGUUGUACAUAAUCAUAAGAGACGUAUCUGGUGGAAAUAUCUUGAAUAAAAGAAUCUGUGCUCGGAAAUCAAGUUUCUCUUUUUGUAUCUUCAUUUCUUUCCAGGGAAGUUUGGAGGAGAUCCAGGGGAUACUGAACACCACAGAGAUCAGUCUACAUCAGCUCACAGCCCUGGUGGACUGCCGCAGCCUUCACAUGGUGAGCACGGAGAGAAAGACUUAACACACAGAGGCAUUCUUACUGAGAGGCUUUUCCUUGUCUUAUUAAAAAAGGACUCCUGGAUUGAUUCGCUGUGACACCUUUGCGGUGCAGCUUCGUCUUAUAAAACAAUCCCUCCUCUCCUGCUCAUGCAGCUGAGUACACCUGUCACCAUAAAUAACAUUCCCCUUUCUGUGUGAGCUCAUGUCCAUUUGACGCUGGCUGUGUACCAUUUAUGAAGCCGGCCGGAUGGCAAACUCUUGGCUGUCGGAGCGUUUUGGAGUGAUUGUUCCACAGCGGUUCCAGAUUCUUAGCGCACACGUGUGCUAGUGAAACACUGUUUUGGUUCUCCUCUGCUAUCUCCUUGAAAUAUCAGCUGAUACAGAGCCAAAUCUUCUGAAUAUCUCAACCAGGAAUAAGUAAUGAGUCUCAGCUGCGCGGAGCAUUCAGGAUGAGGAUUCUCAGUCAUAAUAUUUUGAAGGUUAACAAAUUCAUUGACUUGCUUUGAGUGUGCCAAGCAUGAUCUUAUUGGUUUGACCCAGUUUGAAUGAAAAAUCACAGCAGAUGCAUUUUAAAGCCCCUUUCGACAUCACAAGCCAAAAUUUAGAAAACUCCAUCUGCAUUUGUCUCGCUCAGGAUUUUUGUUUUGAUUUUUCUUACUUGAAUUUUUCAAAGAUGCGGCUUAAACAUGAACAUGAACAAAGAAAAGUUAUCAUAAAACAACACGGCUUUGGCUUUUAAUUGAUACCUUGAGAUUGUGCUUAUCUGACUUGUAAAGAUUUUGUUUUUUUAUUUAUUCAUUUUAUUAGUUGUGAAAGGUGAAAUAAACAUCGGAGAUACUACGCUACAAGCAGCAAAUACAAACUACAUAGGUACAGGGCUAAGGGCUAAGUUUUCUAGGGCUACGUUUUCUAGGGCUGCAGCUAUCAAAUGUUUUAGUUAUUUAGUAUUUCACCGCAUAUUCCAUUGAUUAAUCGAGUAAUCGGAUAAAACGUAAUUUUUUUUUUAGUGCAAUUACCACAGAACAAGCGCGUGCGCUAGCGGAUUGCAAUGCUCGUAAGAAAGCUAAUUAUGAUAUUAGCUUUCAUCAUGCCCCUUAAGACAUUAUUGUCAGAGAGCUGAAUUGCUCCUAUGUUACCUGCUUCUGUGAGAAGAGGAGUGUGCAGAGCAGCGCUGUCUCCGCCCACAACUUGGCGGCAAAUUGAUAAUGAGCUACUGGAGGUAGUUUGCAGAAGAGAAGCUCCCUCUCAUCAUUCAUUUUUUCAGCUCCGUAAAACCAAAAACGCGCUUACUCCUCCUUCUACCAUGAUAACGUUAUAAUGUUGUGUCACCUUGAAAAUAAUCUGUGCGAAACAAUGACAAUAUGAGCUUAUAAACGAGUACUCGAGGCAGAGAAAAUUCCUUGAUCAUUUUUUGUAAUCGAGGUACUCAGGGAAUCGUUUCAGCCCUGAAGUUUUUAAUAAUAAUUGCAAUAAAAGUCUCCGUCCUCGUAAAACCUGCAAAGUAAAAAUGGUGUCUCUCUCCCCUCCCUGCAGGACUACGUCCAGGCCAUGACAGGACUGUGCUACGAUGGACUCGAAGGCCUCAUCUACCUUGUGCUCUUCUCCUUCGUCACCGCUCUCAUGUUUAGCUCGAUUGUUUGCAGCGUGCCGCACACAUGGCAAGCCAAGAGGUAAACAGCCACUGUGCAGACCCACCUACUCGCAGGCAGAGCAAAAGCUUUUAGGCUGAGUUUGGCUACAGUGAGAAAUAAUUCAAGAAGAUAAACUUAUCAAUUAAUUAUGGUUUUGUUGCAAUUAUUCUGACCCCGUUUAGUGCUUGUUUUUUAACAGCACGGGCUGACAAAGGAAAUAAGUCAUGAAGACGUGAUUAAUUUUGAGUAAGACGGUUGUUUGUUCACUAGUCAAAGAACGUCUGUGUUUACCAGUGGAACGAGUCCAGAAGGCUGCAGCUGCUUCCUCAAAUAGAUUGCUUCCUGUUAUCAUCCUAAUUGUGCCGAGUUGCCCUGAAUCCAUCAUAACACACCACCAGAGCGGGUGUCUUUUUCUGCAGCUGAGGGGUGAAAUCGUUCUGAUGUCUUUGUCCUAUCCGCGGUAGAUAAGGUCUGCAGGAUAGCUACAGGGAAAGUGAUUUUCCCGGCACAGUCCUUCAGUUCAGCUGCAGCACAUAAUUAGCUGAUCUCUCCUAACCAGCAUGGGAAGAGGGGGGUGUGUUUAUCAUUUUGAUCUCAGCUGGAGCUUCCUCUUAUAAAGCAGGGGCUUACAUGCCUGUCUGUUGAUUGGCAACCCCUGCCAAGCUUGUUUUAUCAGAUUAUCCAAGUAAAAGCCACUUUUUUUUUUUUUUUAACAUGUAUGAGAAAUACAAGCAUGAAGAUUUCUCAAACAUCAUCACUAUGGUCAAAUUACAGGUGACUUUUUUUACCAAAAUGCACCCCUUUGUAAAUCAACGCAGUUUGAAAUGAAAUGAAUAAACCGGGAUGAUCUCAGGGGUGAAGUAUGCAGGAAAAGACCUGUGGGAUGAACACUAGGGGGAGACAGGCUCCAUCAUAUCUGUGUUGUUGUCGCUGUUUUGACAGACUCUGCUCAGUUCAUUAUUGUCCUCUCAAACACUAGAGCUUCUGUGUCUGACUGUUUGACUCAAGUGAAGCCAAAGUCUCUCUGCAGAAGUAGACGGCCGUUGUCUUUUUUUCUUCUACUGAGACAAAAGCGUCACUUGUACUGAUUCAAAAUGUCCUUCUUGUUAAUUUCCUCUGAUGGUAAACCCAUUAAGUGACCCUGUUUUUACUGGUUUUUUUUGUUUUUUUUCAUUCCAAUCAAGCUCAGUGGAAAACUGUAUCUGCUUUGCUUUAACAAAGCCCAAAUUUCAUCUGGUUGUUCCUGCCUCAGGCGACAUGAAAGUGAAUCAAAAUGAGAAUAAACACAAAACGUGACCACGUGGCGCUGCUAUGCUUCUUUUGUCGUCCAUCAGAUAGGACAAGGGGUCCCUCUGGUGGCGGUUUUACAGUGUUAUCUGAUGUUUGCAGGAGUGACGAGGACAGUGAGGAUGAGUCUCUGAGCCACGGGGGGAGGCAGAACCACGAUAACCUGUACAGGGUCCACAUGCCAAGCUUGUACAGCUGUGGCAGCAGCUACGGCAGUGAGACCUCCAUCCCUGCAGCCGCACACACAGUCAGCAACGCACCUGUCACCGAGUACAUGUAAGUCAUUCCUGCUACAACACUGAAAAUCACUAACACUUCCACAAAGAUCGAAGUGUUAGUGAUUUAUUAACUCAUGUUCUCAGGGGCCAGUUUUAUGUCUCCAGAGCCACUAAGCUCUCCUGUAUAGUCAUGCAGCUGUCGCUCUCCAGCUGUGACGCCUGAGAAACCCUCAGCCCUCCUCUAUAGGAAAGGGGGGGAUCCCUAUGUUUUAUGUCUUAAUCUGUACCAUUAGACCUCUGAUUUCUAAGUAUGGACUUGGACAGCUUAGUGUACCUGCUGUGUGUAGGAUUAAUACAUAUAUUACCACAUUGUGUUGAUUGUACUGUGUGCUCACUUGAACAGGGCGCAGAAUGCCAACUUUCAGAACUCCCGCUGUGAAAAUACGCCGCUCAUAGGACGAGAGUCUCCUCCCCCCUCGGUAAGUGUUCAACUUUCUGUUCAAGAAAUGAACCCUGAAGGAAGUACUACGGGCUCUUUGGCUGCCCUCAUAGACUAAAACUGAUCAGGAACUGAACCAGAGGAGCUAAGCUGGGGCCUCUGUGAGGGAUGUGCACAAUUCAUAGACUUGAUAUCAGCCUGACAUGGCAGUGUUUUCAUCUAGAACAUGUAGAGAAGGAAAAAUCCAGUUUGGUUCCUGUGUACCUGAAAAGCUUCUUGGUUGUCUUUUUCCUUUAUUUGUAACACUCCCAGCAGAAUCUGUGAAGUAGUGAUAGCAUUUAUUUUCUUAUAUUCACAACAAAACGUGUACAGAAAAACUGCAGCACAAACAGCAAAUCCACAGACACAAUAUUCUGGCAAAAAUAAAGGGUAGAAAAAAAAAUUAUUUAAAUUGUUUUCUGUGAUCUCCAGCUGCUGUUUCUCUGUACCCACUUUUUAAUAUGACCACCUGAAGACAGUCACAUGUAGAUUGCUGGACAGUACGCACUGCUCUCUGUUGUCUCUGAGUUUGUGAUUCUGUGCAGCUAUCGCUACGUAUCUAAAAUUAUUUUAUUGUGUGCAACAACUUGGCUUAGAUGUCUGUUUUAAAUGAUUGGAGAAGGUCUGCAGAGGUCCAUUCAGGUGUUUAAAUAUGUGCUAUGACCAAGCCACAACCAAUCCUACCUGCCCCUCUCCCUGGCCUUAUCCUCCAGAGACCCCCCAUCUCCCUCUAGUGUCUUUGUGUGCUUCCCUGGACUUAGACGCUGCUUUCUGUAUCUUCUCUAUACUCUCUUCUUGUCGUCCAUUUUUUUUCCUUUUUCUUUUUUUUUUUUAAAUUUAUGUCUGCGAAUCCAUACAGUUGUAUUUGACUGCCGCCGACAGUAACAGCGGUCACAGCUGGCAGUUAAAGCCUUCGGAGAGUUCAAGAUCGUUUUGGUAACCUCAUCUGCUAUGCUAACAGGUACUAAACAUGCCCUCCUUACACCCCCACCUGCUGGCCUGUUCCUCCACCUACCAAACUCCCAGCUCUACUCACCCUGUAUUCAGGUCCCAGUUGGGCGACUGGCUCCUCCCCCACCCUCCACUCCUGGUCUGUCCCGGCUCUUUGCUAAGUGUCCCCACCUGGUGUCUCACAUGAUGUUUGUUUCCUGUGGCCCUUGGCUGCAUGUUCCCCUGACCCCCCACCCUGCCUCACAGACAUACUGGGUAAUAACUGUGAGUCUGUACUGAAACUCUUCCCUGGGGCACACUUUUACUUAAAGGAAUAUUUCAGUGUAAAAUCAAGUUACGGUCAAACACACCGUAACACAGAGUUACACACCCCCUCGAGAGAUGAGUGUUGCCGACUGCUUGCUUCUCUAGCCGACUUCAGCAACGACCUCAUGAUAGCAAUACACAGCGGUCUACGUCUCAAUGUGCAAACCUCAACCAAAACGCCACUCUAUAGCCACAAAUAAUGCUCAGAACAGCACCUAACUUCAUCAACAGUACAAAUAGGGUCCCAGUCAUAGUACUAGCCAAUAUUUUUUUAGCUUUGCUUGGUUUCUUUGGCAAAGAGACUAAACACAACUCACUCACUCUCCUCCAGCAGCCGCUUAUUUGCUUGUUUGUUUGUGGGGGAGCACUGACGAGUCGAUCACCGAGUGCAGUGGAGUUUCGCAGCUCAAGGAAGAACAUUUAUGACUGUUACUUCAUGGAAAUGCAAUCAGACUGAGACACGUAGGCAGAAGAACUACCGCGUCUGCAGUGCAAAAUGAUUAUUUUGAUGAUUAUUACUUCAUGGAAAUGAUCCGCUGCACUCUGUGAUCGAUUUGUCAGGGCUCCCCCCCACAAACAAGCAGCUGCUUGAGGAGAGUGGGUGAGUUGUGUUUUGGUCUCUUUGCUAAAGAAAUCAGGCAAAGCUAAAAAGAUGUUUGAUGGCUUGUACUAUGGCUGGGACCCUAUAUGUCCUGUUGAUGAAGUUAGGUGCUGUUCUGAGCAUUAUUGGUGGCUAUAGAGUGGCUUUUUGGUUGAGGUUUGCGCGUGGUUCCAUAGACCACUGUGUAUUGCUAUCGUGCGGUUGUUACUAAAGAGAAACAUGCCGUCAGCAAUAUUCAUCUCUCGACAUCUCUUGACCCUAGCUUAAUUUUACACCGGAAUAUCCCUUGAACAGUCAUGAAGCUAGAAAGCUGUUGAACACUUUCUCUGACCAUCAUCAUCUUGAUUCUUGCACCUCAGGGUGAACACGCAGGGAGACUGAGGGUAGAGUACUUUAGGAUUCAGUGACUGGGUCUGUAGCACAGGAGUAACAGCACUUAAAGAUCUCAGCUGAGAAGCUAUUCAGAGUGUAUUAGGUGGUAAAUUUAGAAACCUAGUGGCUGUAUAUUACCGUAAAAUCCCACAUUAGCUUUACUGUAUAGUCAGUGUUUUACUAUCUCCAGCUUAAGAGUUUGUAUAUUCAAUCCAAUCAUGCAGUUAUCUCAUACUGUUUAAGCUUUAAGUGCUGCUUGUGGUAGCAGUCAGAGUCAGCUGUAACACCUCAGGUAAGUCUUGAAGGGCUUCUUCAUCAGAGACACAUAAUACAGAAAUCAACACAUUGACAUUUGUUUUCUGUUUAAGUUUGAAAUGCAGCCUUUUUGUGCUCGUAUGGCCUGGAUAAUAAAUGCAUGGAUGCAUCCUAAAUGUAUGGAAGACUCUAAAAAGAGAGUUUGACAAUCAGACGUGAAAGAACUGCAUCUCAAACUGGUGUAUAUAUCAAUGAAAGUCCUUGUACCUGGUUCCCCCUCCGUCCUCUGUGGCCGUUUCUGUGCUGUUCUUUCUGUAUUGAAAUGAUUCACAAACCCUUUAGAUACCAGCCAAGGUCAUCAGUGUAGGAUUCUCUCAGGCCUGAUGAAUCCCUGUUUUUUUUUUAUGCCUCUUUGUGCAUGUUCAGUUUUUGUUCAUUUAGUUAACUCCACUGCUGGGUGGAUUUUUGUACCAGGAGGGUUUUGAACACAUAAGCUAAAAAAGUUGUUUGUAAAUCAGAGACUUUUUUUUGACUGUAUCUUUAUGAUUCUGAUUUCUUUUUAACUCUCUAAUGUUGUGUUUCUCUCCACAGUACACCUCUAGUAUGCGAGCCAAGUACCUCGCAAACAGCCGACCGGAGCCCAACAACCCUCCGGCGCACUAGACCAACACUGGACUUGUCUCUGAGGUCUGUCUGCCGAUCAUUCCUUCAUCCUGUCGGCAGGCUGUUUUUUUCUCAUUGAUGGUUUUCAGCCACUUUGCAACAAACUACUUGACUUGGGACGGGAAACCAAAUGUGCUUUUACAUCAAAUCUCUUCACAUCAGAUGGGAGUGCUCGUACUUUUUCUCCAUAGGUCACAAAUCUUGGCUGACAUUCAGAGUUGAAAGAAUCGUCAUCUGCUUGUUUGAUUGUUUUUUUUUUUCCCCUUCAGACUUGAUGUGAUGGAGCCUGAACUAAAGUUUACACUCAGAUUCCUUCUGCCUGACUCUUUACGACAUGAACUGUGUCACAUAUGUGAAGGCAUUGCAGUGUUGAGGACUCUGGAAGUGCUAAUGCUGACAACUACUGUUUAUUUUUUAAUUUUGUAAAAUAUUGUCUGACACUCCUUCAAUCGCUCUGGGAGAGGAACAGAAGAUGCCUUACACAGACGAAAAAAAAAUCAGAGAAAGAAAAAGUUUCCACCAGAAUUUAGAACUUUUUCUCACACUUGACACAGAUCCAACUCUUACAAGACAGACUCCAUUCACAGAACAACUUCUCAGUUCUUUUUCUCAGCUUGUGAAACUUGAAAUGCAAUGACUCAAAUCUACAUUUACUCUCCAGUUUAGGUUGUCUUACUGUAUAUUACACAUGCAUGUGGGCUUGUUUUUGCGUUUCCUUUUGAAUCUGACGUUUGGGACCAGUUCUUACAGUCUUACAGGUUUUACAGGUCUGAAUCGGACUCUUUUGAAACACACUGAUGAGCCACUAGCCAACAGCAGUGACUGUUUCUUGUGAAGCUGUGAACUGAACUUUGGCACCUCCUCUGAGAGGCUUUGACAGGAAUAAAGACGAGCUCAGUGGGAUGAUGAUCAUCAUCCAAGAAAAAAUGCAAUGAUUACCAGUUUUGAGAGGAGUUUCUUUUUUUUUUCUUUCUUUUUAAACCACUGGAAGCAAAAAGUUUUUACAGCCUUCUGAAGACGAUGGUGAAUUUUGUGUCUUCUGCAACAUUCCUCCAGGUUUUCAAUCAUUUGCCUCUUUGCUGAACUGCUUGUUAUUCCCUCCGUGUAAGUUGGAGAGCCUCAUCUCCUUCAAACAGAGCAGGAAUUGUCCGCUCACACACAUCCUUGACUUUGACCGCAAAUGAUCGUCUCUACCAAACUCAGCUGUUCACACUCCAAAAAAAAAUCCCACUCCACAAAGAUCGUAAUGCAGGUUUAAGUAAAAAAAAAAAAAGUUUAAAAAGUGCAGCUUCUAAGAGAAUUUUGAAGUGAAACUUUAAUGCAUUGGCAAUGCAGUGUCUCUGAAAAUGUGUUUUAGCAUUUAUAACAAAAGUAGACAUGAGUGAGUGGAUGCUGUGAAGGGACUGUGAGGAUUACUCUUAAUCUCUGGAUAAUCAGAGAUCUGCUGAUUUUCCUUUUUGAAGCGUGGUGAUCUUAAAAAUGUGUGCUUCUCUUAAGACGUGCAUUUUGACCCGACUGUGCAAACGUGUGACGCACAACGCUCUUACUUUCUGUCUCUUUUCAAAACGUCUUCACUUUCGGCCAGUUUGUGGGUUUGACAUGACUAAGACUUUUUCCGAUGGUUUUCACUCUGUGAACUCGAUCGCACUGAUGCUAUCGUUCCUUUUUCAGUAGUAGUCACUCUCUUUGUGGUUUGUUAUGCCAGGCUGUUGUACAGAUCUUGAAAAUUUACAAAACGAUGAAAAAAAGUGUCUGACGUUUCAUUUUUAAUUUCUUAAACAGCUUAUUUCACUUUUUAUUUUUCUUAUUUGAUUUGCUCGUAGGGUAUUUUUUUUUUAUUUGAUUUUAGAUACUGUAGAGGCACAGUGUGUUUCUUCAUUAAUGUGAAUAUGGUAAAUAUAUUCUAAUUUUCAUUGAGUUUUAUCCUGGAAAAAAUCACUGUAGAUGUAAUCUCUUUUUUUUUUUAUUUUUUACAUUCUUUUUGCAAUCUCUAAAAAUGUGUACAUGUAAAACUUGUGGUUCUAUUGAGCUUGAAUGCCGUGUUUUCAAAUUAAACCAACCUUAACUGUUGCUCAUCUGCUCCUGUGGUGUCUCUUUAUUGUCUGAUUGAUACGUUUCCUCUUGAGAGGCAGAUAAAAUCCUGACAUCCUGACCAGAAACAGACACUAGGUAGCAGCACAGCUCCACAGCCAGCUCUGCUGUGGCCGCUGUUCUCAGUGACUUUCUUUCACUCUGUGAGAUGAAGCAGUGUCAUGAAGUUGGGAAGAUGGAGUUGAGGUAGCAGCUUAAAGUUAUACUUUACAGGAUAACAGCAAAAGAGAUGUACGAAAGAGGAUUAGGGCUACAGGAAGAGAAAAAAUAUAUAACAGGAAAGAGAUUACAGUUGAAAUUUCAAGAUUAUAAAAAUUGAAAUUACGUCAAUAAAGUUGAAAUUUCAAGAUGAAAGAUUUUAGUAAUUUUGAAUAUUAAGUCAAAUUUUAGAGAUUAAAGUCAACAUGAAUAAAUUCAAAAUUUCCACUUUUCUGAAUUUUGACUUUAAUUUAGAAAUUUCAACGUUAAUCUCAAAAUGGAAAUAAAAAAAAAUCUCCCUCCUGUAAUUAUUUUUGUCUUUUCUUGUGUCCCUAAUCCUCCUUCGUAGUGAUGUGAUCAUGUAACCUUGAUGGAAUAAAAGUAUUAAUCACAUUAAAUCGAGUUAUUAAUAUACAACUGAGUGAAGUGUAUGUUUUUAUUUAUUUUUUGGUGGGGGCGGGUGAUUUUGCCUUUUUUACUGAUAGUCCAGGGUGAAAUAUGGGGUGAGGGACUCGAACCCAUGACAGCAGUCCCCUUACAUAGGGCGCACUAACCCACUCGGCCAUCUGCGCGCCCUGUACAUUUUUAGUGCUCUUGUCCGAUGACGAUCGAAAUAGGGUGAGUGUGCAAAGCUUAUAAAUGUAAAAAUACAGUCUGGGGCUUUUGCUGCAUGUCAGCGUUUGUCUGCCCCUUCUCCUCUUUCCCAUCUGUUUUUGGCCUCUGCUAUCUAUUUAAGGUAACGCCUCAGAAAAUAAUCUUCAAAAACAGGAAGUCAAAAUAUAAAGUAAGAUUGCUGCGGAAGCAAAAGAUGAAAAAGGAAAACAUAAGCAUUAAGAUUUGUAUCGCCUGUCAAAUCCUGUUCAUAAUGACACAUCUGUGCAGAUGUAAUGCAGUUUGUUCCUCUUGCAGUUGCAGACUGAGGGCUUGCAUGCAGAUGACUCAGGACGAAGCAGAAAGGGAGUUUUGUGUUUGUGACCUUUCUGGUCUGACAGCAGGCCUGAGGUCAGUGUCAGCACCGGGCCACCAGUCUGGUUUUGUUGACUUCCUUCGCACCGCCAGCCAGCUGCUGUCGCCCCAAACUCUGACCUCUCAUGUGGAAGUCUGCUGCCUGAAAUGGAUCAUAAACGGUUCUUUAUCUCUGAAUUUCUGUUUU